AUGAAAUAUGGUGAAGGAAAUGGGAAUGUAGUAGCAAUGGUUGGUGACAAGGAUGGUCGUGGUUAUGGGGAGGAUCGCGGUGGUUAUACACAAGGACGAGUGAGGAUCGUAAAAGAGAUGGUGGCAACGGUGAGAUGACAGGUGGAAUGAUGGAGGUGGCGAUGGUGAGAUGGUGAGUGUAGUGUAGUGGGUGGAGUUGGGAAUAAUGGUGUGAAGAUAAGAAAAUGAGAAAUGGUUGGCGAUGGUUGGUGAUAAAGAUGGAAGUGGUUAUAAGAAAGAUCACGAUAGUGUUGUAGAAGUUUUAGUAAGGAUCGUAAAAGUGAUGGUGGUAAUUGAACACUCCAGAAAAUACCAUAGUAUACCAUAAUGCUCUUUGUUUGUCACCCUAAAAUUUUGCAUAAGCAUUGUCUUCAGUUUCUCUUGGGAGUUAAAAUGGCCCAAAAGAAACUGAAAACAAUGCUUAUGCAAAAUUUGACGGUUACAAACAAAGAGCAUUAUGGUAUGUUAUGGUAUUUUCUGGAGUGGUCAAUAACGCGGUGGUGGCAAUGGUGAUACAAUCGGUGGAAUGAAGGGGAUGCUGAUGUUGGGAUGGUGAGUGAAGUGGUGUUAGUGGCGAUCGCAAUGGUGAUGGUGCUGACGGGAAUGAUGGUGGUUAGAGCGAAGCUCCGCUAUUCAUCCAAGAAAUUUUGCCUCUGACAAAAUCGUCCGUACGUUCGUCCACCCCUUCAUGUAGCAGAUGUGAAAUAUCUUACUAGCUUUAAAGUCUAAGGCACAUGCAAAUUGUGUUUAUCUUGAUAUUGGACAUCAAUUCUAUGAUCAAUUGACAGCUAUCAAUAUAGGGAACCCGCUGACCAGUGUUACAUAACUGUAUUACGGGUUCAGGUAUAAAACUCAAUGUUUUUCAAAGUUCUCCGCUGACCAGUUGUGGUAUUCAAGUAAUCACAGGUUCAGAAAACUUAACUUUCUUAAACGUUCCCACGAGAGCUUCGCUUUUGGCCUUGGCUAAAUCUAUAUAUUAAGGAUUGAUUUUGGUGGUGGUGGUAGCGACUGUGAAUAUGGUGGUCAGUGAUGUGUACAGCGAUGGGGAUAACUGUGGUAGUUAAAGAUGGUGGUGGAGGAAGUGAAGGAGAUAGUGGUGACACACAUGGCGAUGGCUUUCCUGGUGACGAAGAUUUGUCUAUUCAUUAUUGGACCAAAAAAAAGGGAAGGUCAAUUAAUGAGAAUUGCUAAAUCUACCAGGAACUUUAAAUCCCAAGAUAUGAUUAAAAAAAUCUGCCACAAACUCAUCCUGGUUAGAGCGUCUUUUACAAAUUGA